AUGUCAUCGAGGCGGGGCGCCAAGCCGCCGCGCUUGACACCUGGGGCGCUGGCUGCGCACGCGGCAGCACACACCCCCGCCCAGAAGACGAUUACGAAGGUGUCGACUGCGCCGUCUGCCUCCAAGGCAGUCAGCCUGGCAGGCGCGUCCACCGCGGCAGGAGAUGGGGCCACCAGGAGGCGAGGUCCCAAUAAGAAGGUCAGUUGCUCCAGGAACGCGUGCAAGGAGGUGAUGCUCAGUGGCAAGGCUGCCUGCGCCGAGUGCCAUGCCACCUUUGCGUGGGGCAACUUCGACGGCGAGGGGACGCUCGAGGAGGUCAUUCAGAAAUGCAACACAGAGCCGUCCAGCGAUCAGCUGUUCAGUAAGGUCAACACCAUCAGGAUCCAGAAGCACCUCGGUGAGAAGACGAUGGAGACUGAGCAGGUAGUUGGACAGGAAUCGCACAAGCUCAGAAUCUUCGAGAUUGGGUGGCCACCUGAAACGCUGCUGCCUUCUGCUGACCUGCGGGCCGCGCACCCAGGGGCACUGACCAAGGUCAAGGGCGUCAGAUACGAGCUGGUGAAAGAGCACAUCGUCUCGAAAGACACGUUCAAUAUGCUCCACUCGAGCCAGAUGUACAAGCAACAGGGCGCCAACGCUUUCAAGAGGGCCAAGCGGCAGUGGACUUCUGCGUUCGUCAGGAGGCUGCGGAACACGACCAUCGCCAAGCUCGACUUGGGGGGUGAUGACGUUCCGCCAGACGACGGCGACGGUGGCCCUGCAGACGAUGAUUUGGACGCAGAAGGUGAGGAGGGAGAAGAGGAGGAUGACCCAGAUGCGGCUGGCCCUUGCAUUGAUGAGGCUGCGGGCAAUCCUGCGCCCACGCUUGCAGCACCGUCUGCCGCGGGCGCUGCUGCUUCCUCGGCGCCGCGGUAUCCGCAGCCAUCCCCGCCCAGGUCCAUCAAGGCUGCCUCCGCCGUCGGGGCGUCGGUUCGGAGCCCUGCUCCGAAGAGGUCGCCUUCUGGCGGCAUGUCUGUCCUGCAACGCGUGCCGCAGGACGGCAAGUACGAGUACUACGGGGUCACGUGGGACACGAACGAUGCCGAGGAGAAGGCAGCGCUCGAGAAGCUGGUGAAGUGCGACCCCAUCGAGGCCUUGAUGGACCAGUGCACGAAGGUCAGCGAGAGGUGGGCCAGGGAGUUGCACAAAAAACGGGCUGACGCUGACCCCAGCGACUCGAUUGCCACUCACAUCCAGAAGCACCUCGCGUUGAUGGCGCGGUGCAGGGCCGUCUCCCUCAACAGCCUCCCGUGCUACGGCAAUCGGGAGGAGCGCAUCCAGGACAUCGAGGCAGUGGUCAAGGCGAAGGUCGAGUUCCCGAUCGAGUGGCAGGUCGCAGUUGCUUUUCGCGCGCUGGAAGACAUCACCCAGUCGAGCUCCAUGUUGGCACAUAUCAAGGAAGCCAUGGUCAUCGCGUCGUUCGUUCCAGCCGAUUUCUCCGCCACGUUUGAGUUCGACCCCCUGCAGCCCGAGAUGCAUGCGAUCGUCGGUUCACCCGAUGAGGUUGUGUCUCGCUGGCGGGGCGCGUUCAGCAGGAUCCUGAAGGCGUUGGUCAGGCUUGCAGAGGGGAAGCCGAACUCACAGGCAGUCGCCGCGGCCAUCCAGCUAGAGGGUAUUCUCACCGACCUCGACGUCGACUCUGACCCCUCGUACCACAGCUGCCUCCAGGAGUCCCUCAAGCCACUCAGGUGCCUCAUCUGUGUCUUCGACUGUUCGCACUUAGAGUUUUACGACGACGUGGCCGACACGCUGAGGGCUGCGAAGGCGGGUGGCCUCGCGGUCAACGAUACGAGGCGCGCCGUGAUCGACGCUAUGGAUAAGCUCCCCGCCUACACCGCCAAGCUCGAAGAGAUCAAGAAGAGUUCCAGGGCGGCCCAGCAGCACUCCGAGCGCAUUAUGACGAUGUGUGAGGCCAUUGUAGACGAGACAAAGACCCACCCGCCGCAGCAGCUUCAUAAGUGGCUGGACAUGCUGAUGAAGGCGAAGAUCGAGAUCGGCAUCCCUGAUGCGACGGCGCAUGCCUUCAACACGUUCGGCACGGCCCUGGAACGGCACCUUUCCGAGGGCAGCGUGCGGCACAUCCUUUCGGGCGACGUCGGAUGCAUCGCAGUCGCUGGGCAGCUCAUGGAGUUCCUGCGGGCCGCGUGUCCGCACUUCCCUGGGCACAGUGGUGUCAUUACGAAGGCGAUGGAGCUAGGAAGUGCGUUCCUCGAGCAAGCCGGUAAGACUGCGAUCGCCGACGCAGCUGCCGAUGCACUCGGCAACUUGUUGAGGGCGUCCCAAGGCGAGGUGGAGUUCAAGCCGAUCAUCGACCAGACGGCUGCGGCCAUCAACGACUUCGUCAACUCGCAGCUCACCAUCAACGAUGACCAGGCCUCGGACGCGGUGCGGGGCAUCAAGUGUCUGAAUGAUGCGAGGUUGGCGCAUUACCACAUGUACUCGCCUGCGUUCAUGGGGAACUUGAGCGCCCUCGCAGUCUCCCUGAAGAGCAUGGUCCUCGAUCAGGCGGAGUGCAGGGCCGCCGACGCUUUCGAGGACUUGUGGGCAAAGCUGUCGGCGGUGUCGGCUCGGAUCGCCGCGGACGUUGGCCUUGGAGCGAUCUUGGACGUGCUGUCCGCGACCGUCGCCCUGGAGAAGGCUGUCAACGCAGUUGGCAGCAACAGCGUGGCUGACAUCGGGAAGGUGGUUGAGGACACAAAGGGGAUUGUCAACGAGGUGGCGGCGGUAACCUGCGACAGCAGCGACAGGGAGCUCCAGCUAGCGCUGGCCUCGAGCAAGCUGGAGAACAUCGGCCAAGGUGUGGGCGACGGCACCGACUGGGCGAGGGACCUCUCCGACAAGACAAUCGAGGAGGUGAAGGCCGUCGGGAAGACCGACUUCCUCGCGGAGUUCAAAGCGUUGGAGCUGGAGGCGGCCAUCGGCACGGUGGAGGGCGCCCUCACCAGUGCCAAGGCCCUCUGCGAGAAGUUCGGGCGGGAGCCGAACGCUGACUUGGUGUCGAGAGCCAACAGAGCGCUGCUCAUCGGGAAGAAGACCCGCUGGGAGGGCUCGAUCCUGCUCGAGCUCGUGGCGAUGGACGCCCAGAGCAACGAUUCGGCAGAGCGCGGCACGACUGUUGCGAACAUCAGGAAGUUCAAGCGCCUCGCCGAGAAAGAUGGAGUAUUCAAAAACAUGUUGCCGCAGAUAGUUGAGGCCGCGAGCUCCGCUGAGAGCAGCAAGAAGAG